AUGGUCGAUGUACUCUACAUAAUAACGUUUGUCCCAACAGUACUUCUAUCAACACUGCGAUCUGACGAUGAUGGAUUCGAUAAAAUGAAUUAUAAAUAUACAGUCGCUUUACUUAUUCUUUUCUCAACAAUAACAGCAACAAAACAGUUUGAUGAUGAUCGUAUUGAAUGUUGGAGUCGAGCAAAUUAUAUUAAACCGUAUGUUGAUUAUACAAAUCAAAUAUGCUAUAUUUCAUCAACCUAUUAUGUUGAUAGAAAUAAAACAAUACCAACAAAUAUUCAAGAUCGGAAAAGUCGUGUAUUGAACUAUUAUCAAUGGACGCCAUUUAUUAUUUUAUUAAUGGCAUUAUUCUUUUAUUUGCCACGUUUAUUUUGGCGUUCAUUAAGUGUUCGCUCAGGUAUUGAUCUUCUUGAUUUAGUUGAAGCAGCUGGUGAAACAAAAACACUGAAUGACUUUGAUGAUCGCGAUCAAUUAAUAAAAUAUAUUGUUGAUACUAUUGAUAUGUAUGUUGAUGAUGCACGUCGACAAACCAAUGCAGAAAAUCGACGAACAUCAUUAUUCAAAAAGCUUUUCCAAUUAAUUUGCUUUAUGACCGGAAAAUUUUUAGGCAAUUAUUUUAUUACACUCUAUAUAUUUAUUAAGAUGUACUAUAUAGUGAAUGUUUUGUUACAAAUAUGGUUACUGAGUCUUUUUCUUGGUACAAAUUUUUUAAAAUUUGGUUUUGAAAGUGUUAAAUUAUUUCGAUAUGGUCUUAAUCAACCAGAAUCAAAAUAUUUUCCUAGAGAAACAUUCUGUGAUUUUCAUGUACGGGAGCCACUACGCGGUGGGGAACCAUUACAAAGAAUUACCGUUCAAUGUGUUUUAACUGUGAAUCUAUUCAAUCAGCAAAUAUUCACAUUAUUAUGGAUUUGGUAUGUCUUUAUCUUGAUGUGUAACAUAUAUGCGUUUAUUUUAUGGUGUGUACGUAUUGGCUCAUCUAGUCUACAAUAUAAUUUUAUACAUUCUCGUCUUGCACGUACAUCUCGAUCAGAAAUUCCACGUUUUCGUUUUGACUUUAAACACGCUACACGUGGCGUUGGCGAUCAUGUACAGACCACACUUGUUGAUGCUUUUUUACAUUACUAUUUAGAAUCCGACGGAUAUUUUUUCAUACGUAUAUUAUCUGCAAAUUCAUCAGAUUUUAUCGUACAAGAAAUAGUAGAACAGUUAUGGGCCGUGUAUGUGAUUAAAUAUGGCGAACAACAUGCUAAAGAGGCAGAGGAUGCUUAUUUUGAAUUUCGAAAAGAUCCAAAUGUUUUGGCUACUAUUCGUCAAAACCCAUUGCAUUCAUCGUCAAAUUCUGAUACGAAUCAUGAGAAAAUAUAUUCAAAAUAUAACUAUGCAAAAGACUAUUCACAUAUUGGUAUUGGAUUAUUAGGAGCAAGUAGUGUCUUAGAACCAAUAAACCGUGAACAAAACGAACAAGUCUAG